UGAGCAGCAGCUGCUGCCGCAGCAUAGCCAGACUGGCUGGGAGAGAGCGACUGGACAUCCGUACUGCACGCUGCAUACACAUGGAUUACCUUGUAAAGACAUGACCUGUUUACCAGUCUAUCAUUCGUCACAUGUUUGGUGCUUUCUGUGAUAAGCUGGAAUCACAGAAUCGAGGGAGGAGCACUUGGAGGUAGCUAAAGAAGACAGGAUUUAGAUCUGGAGAUUAGGCUGAAGAAGUCUUCACUGCCAAGACCCCUCUGGGUGAGGGGGAGUUGAGGAGAACGAGGGGAAUGGCAGCCAAGAAGGGGAAGUCAGGACUUCCACAAGCUACUCCUCGGGCUGACCUGUCAGCCUACCGAAGUGGUAGCUCUGAAGGUCGUGUUCCAUUGCCCACCAAGCUGCGCAAAGAGAAGUCCCUGACCAGCAUUUCUGUACUUACGGACUCCGAAAAAAAGAUGCAGCUGUACCAGCACAAGUGGGCAGAUGACAUGACCAGGACUGGUGCAGGUCAGUUCAAGGCAAGGAAGCCCAAAGAUUCUGGAGGUGGUGCCAACUCUCCACUGUCCAAAAAUCUUUCCAAGUCAGAGCAUUCUCUCUUCCAAGGAAAACCAAAAGGCUUCAGUCCACUUCAGGCAACUUCUGCUCUUAGCAAGCCCAGCCGGAUUCCCCGUGGUCUUUAUGCCGAGGUAAAACCCAUCAGCAAGGCUGAAGAAGCUACGAAAAGCAGUAAGUCAGAUGAUGAUGAUGAAGUGAUUCACUUCAGCAAGGUUAAUUCUAAUAGCAGGACCACUCCAGAAGGGUGUAAUGAUGUAUCUGAAGUAGAAGAAGGGGAUAAGACCUUUUUAAAGGUGGAUCCACAACUGGUGGUUACUGUGCUUGGUGACUUGGAACAGCUUCUCUUCAGUCAAGUGCUGGAUCCAGAUUCUCAGAGGAAACGUACGGUUCAAAAUGUCCUUGACCUUCGGCAGAACCUUGAAGAUACCAUGUCCAGCCUGCGGGGAUCCCAGCUCACUCACAGUUGUCAGGAGAGCACCAUGUGUUACGACAGUGAUGACACCAAUGCCCCCAGUGUUUCCAGCCUGUCCAGUCGCUCAUCACCUCUGUCCUGGCAACAGGGGCAGGCCAGCCCUCGACUGCAGGCUGGUGAUGCCCCUUCUUCUGGUGGGACAACUCACAUCCUGCAUCUUCGCUCCUCUACUGGCCACUUUCAGCGCAUCCAUUUUGUAGAGGGCUUGGAUGCUGCAGAUGACUUGGCUGACCUGACAUGUAACUACCUCACAGAUGGUGGCCUCACAGUCAAGAAUCUGCAGGAGGAUGAAGAUGCAGAUGUUGACCAAACGGGUAACUGCUGGGAUGAGAGCAGCUCUAUCAGUAGCGGUUUGAGUGAUGGAUCAGAUAACCUCAGCUCAGAAGAGUUCAACGCCAGCUCCUCCCUCAACUCUCUGCCAACCACUCCCAUUGGCUCACGCCGCAACUCUGCCAUUGUGUUGCGCACAGAUGCAGAAAAGCAUUCGCUUGUGGAGAGUGGUCUGUCCUGGUACAGUGAGGAAGCCAAGGUACAGUGCAGGAGUGAGGGAUGCUAUGACACAGGCAGCUUGAAGAUGGAAUCUUCCAACAAGUUGAAGAAGUACCAGGUGCAGGAUGACGCAGGGAUCAAAGGUGAACUGAGGAAGCCACAGGCACCUAAUCAUCAGUCCAGUCUGAAAAAGAGUCGCAACCCCCCAGUGGGCAUAACCUCUCCAAUCACCCACAACCCACAGAGCUUGCAGAAAGCACUGGGUGCAACAAAAAAUGACCAAAGAGUGGUGGACAAAGCAAAGAUGGCAGUGAAAUCAUCUGGUCUACAGCGCUCAUGUUCAGAUGCAGGAAAAGAUCAGAGUAAGAACCGCAAGCCAGUCUCCGGCCUACUCCGACCUUCUGCUGGAACCAGUAACUCCUUUGGUUUCAAAAAGCCUGCCCCAGUUACUGGCACUGCCACGGUUCUCACCCCUACUGGCAACUCUGUCUCAGUAGCCUCCACAACCAAAACUUCUAAGUCCUCUGGCAUUCCAGUAAAACCUUCAGGUGGAAGUAGCUGUAACAGCAACAGUUGUAAAACCAGCAUUGAUGUGUCAAAUUGCAAUCAGGGUGUUUUGGCUCCCAACUCUCGAAAUAACAUCCAGUAUCGUAGUCUCCCAAGACCUGCGAAGUCCAACACUUUGAGUUUGACAGGAAGUAAGGCUGGGCCUCGUCCUGUUAGCAGCAAUGUUGAUAGUAGUCUGCUUAGCCUCAAACCAGUGGUUCUGCAGUCCAAGUUGAAGGAACCAGGUAGUGGGAAAAGCUCUGGACGAAUUGUUAUGAGUGGAAGUGGCCCAGUGAAUCAAACAGACAGGGAGAAGGAGAAGGCGAAAGCGAAGGCGGUGGUGUCAGACUCUGAAUGUGGAGGCAGUGGAGCACUGAAGAAUGGGCCCUCCACACCCACAGAGAACAUAGAGCCUCCCUCCAAAUUACUAGGACUCAGGCAGCCAUCCAGCCUGGGGAAAUACUCUGAUCUGCCCUCACCAAAUUUUCACUGUCUUCCCAGGCCUUCGAGUGCAAAAACGCUGCCCAAACCCACCCACCUGGAUAAAGUCAACUCUAACAGCCUGGACUGCAGUAUAGUAAAUAUGGAAGACCAUCUCCCUCCUAACGUGCUGCCUUAUUCAAAACUUCAGAAUUUAUCAUCUCUAUGCAGUCCAACUGCUCCUGGUCUAACACCCAGCCCUGCACCCAUCCUCAACGUUAACUGUUCAGACUGUUUUUCUGGCUCACCAGGGGAAAGAGAAGGCAGAGUGGGCAGCUCUCCCCUGCUCUACCCACGCCUCUCUGGACUACAUCACAGUAUGGAGUCCCUGCCUUUGCAGAUGAGUCUGUGUCCAGCAGGGAGCACUGUGGUAGAGCCUACAGCCAAGCAGGAAGAGAGAAGUUUUGGAAGCAGCUGGUCUGCAAGCAAUAAAGCCUCUCUGACCGUCACAAUGGAAAGUUCACAAAGAGACAGAAAUACCCUGCCGAAGAAAGAAUUAAGCCAACACGCCUCAUCUCAGAGUAAAGACGGUACUAAAGAGAGACGUCACUCACACAUAGUUAUCAGCCCGAGUGCAAUAAACAGCCCUCCUCAGCUACCAUCUCCAACGCUAACCAGCAAGAUUCCACUAAACAAUAUCGUUGCACACAGUCCUGGAACAGGCACUCCUAGGAUGACUCGCUCCAAUAGCAUCCCCGCCCAUGAGACUGGCUUUGAGCUGUACCAGGCGUCUCCACUGGGCAGCACUCUAUCAUUGGCCGAACGGCCUAGGACCAUGAUGCGCUCUGGAUCUUUCAGGGACAAAGAACCUGGAGAUGAUGUUCAUGGCUCAGUGCUCUCGCUGGCAUCCAGUGCUUCUUCCAGCUAUUCCUCAGCUGAAGAAAGGAUGCAGGGGGAGCAAAUUCGUAAGCUGAGAAGAGAGCUGGAGUCCUCCCAGGAGAAAGUGGCCAGCCUGACUUCUCAGCUAUCUGCUAAUGCUAACUUGGUGGCAGCGUUUGAACAGAGUCUCACCCUGAUGACCACACGCUUGCAGUCCCUCUCAGUCAGUGCUGAACAAAAGGACUCUGAGCUAAUGGAAUUGAGGAAGACUAUAGAAAAUUUGAAAGCCAGGAACAUUGAGGCACAGGCUGUUAUUCAAGUAGCACUCAAUAACCCUGAUGUUACCCCUAAAGAGCUGCGAAUUAAGAGACAGAACUCAUCAGAAAGCAUCGCUAGUCUGAACAGUAUUACCAGCCACUCAAGUAUGGGCAGUCUGAAAGAGGAUGCCAAAAAGAAAAAGAAAAAGAACUGGGUCUAUGAGUUACGGAGCUCCUUUGGAAAGGCAUUUAGCAUUAAGAAGGGUACAAAGUCUGGCUCUCUGUACUCUGACAUUGAGGAAAUCGCCACUCCCGACUCCUCUGCCCCCAGCUCUCCCAAACUGAACCAUGAAGGAGAUGAGACUAUGCCCAUGUCCCUUCAGUCCACCCAGGCAAACUCUUCUUCUGUGAUCUAUGAAGGGAAUGAGGAACAGGAAAGUGAGGAAAAAGUGGUGUCUGAACUUCGCUCUGAGCUCUGGGAGAAAGAGAUGAAGCUGACAGACAUCCGUCUAGAGGCGCUAAACUCAGCCCAUCAACUGGAACAGCUGAGAGAGGCCAUGAACAACAUGCAGUUAACAGUGGAAAACCUGAAGGCAGAAAAUGACCAGCUGAAAACAGGAAGUGCUCCACAGUCACUGGUGCUCCCUUGCGUUCUCCCCACCUCCUCCACCUCUCAGCCGUCGGGGCUGGCUUCUAUGCUUGGAUCUGGCCACCUCACAACUGCCACAAACCUGGCUAGGUCUUUUAGUCUUAGCCUUAAUGAGUGUUCUGAGCCGAACAAUGUACCCAUGGAGGUAAUGAGUUUAUCUUCGCCAAGGGGUGAAGUUCGGCUGCGUGUGGUGGUUGGCAUGGCUGACCAACCGUUAUCUAGAGAGCGGGUGAAACAGGAUUUCUAUAUUGGUUCGGGAAGGAUAGACUCAAAUACUGAUUGGGCUACACUGGACACAGUCAUUACCACAACUUUCCAGGACUACAUUUCCCAGGUGGACCCCAGUACUAGCAUGGGACUGUCUGUCGACUCCAUACACAGCUACAGUAUAAACCAAGUCAGGCGGGAACUUGGCGACGAAAGUCCAGAUAGUUUGCCCUCUUACUUUUUGAAUAAAGGGCCUGGACAUAUUACUGUGACCCUUAAAGGUUUUAAGGAAAAAUGUGUCGACAGUCUUGUCUUUGAGACACUUAUUCCCAAGCCAAUGAUGCAACACUAUAUUAGUCUGUUGCUGAAGCACAGACGACUGAUUCUGUCAGGUCCCAGUGGCACAGGAAAAACCCACCUCACUUCUCAUCUGGCUGAUUACUUGCUAGAGAAGACUGCCCAUGAGGGAGCCCCUGGACAUGUUGUUACCUUCAACAUGCACCAGCAGACCUGCAAGGAGCUCCAGCUGUACUUGUCAAAUCUAGCCAAUCAGAUUGACCAUGACUGCAGUGCAGAAGACAUCCCAUUGGUCAUUGUUUUAGAUGAUGUCAGUGAUGCAGCAUCUAUUAGUGAGCUGGUCAACAGUGCACUGACGUGCAAAUAUCACAAAUGCCCAUACAUAAUUGGAACAACCAAUCAACCUGUGAAGAUGUCAUCAAAUCAUGGCCUGCACCUCAGUUUCAGGAUGGUUACCUUCUCCAACAAUGUGGAGCCUGCCAAUGGCUUCCUGUUGCGUUACCUGCACAGGAAGCUGAUUGAGGCAGAGGAUGAGAGCACAGUGCACCAUGGAGAGCUGCUGAAGGUGCUGGACUGGGUCCCCAAGCUUUGGUACCACCUGCACACAUUUUUGGAGAAACACAGCACAUCUGACUUCCUUAUUGGUCCAUGUUUUUUCCUGUCAUGCCCAGUGACAUUAGCAGAGUUUCGUUCCUGGUUCAUUGAUCUGUGGAACCAGUCAAUCAUUCCCUAUCUGCAAGAAGGAGCAAAGGAUGGGAUGAAGGUUCAUUGUCAGAAGGCAGUAUGGGAGGACCCAGUGGAGUGGGUACGAGACACUCUGCCUUGGCCCUCAGCCCAGCAGGACCAAGCUAAGCUCUUGCACCUCCCUCCCCCCAUUGCUGGCCCCAACACUGUCCCAACACAGUCCAACAGUGACAGGCCUGGAAAGGACACACAGCUACUGGCCAUGGAGUCAGACCCACUGAUGGCUAUGCUGCUGAAACUGCAGGAAUCUGCCAACUACAUUGAGUCACCAGAAAGGAACAUUUCAUUGGACCCCAGUUUCCAAGCAACGCUAUGAAUGCCAAAAAGAUCUGGACUCAAUGGCUAAGUCUGUUAAAACACUUUCUGGUGCAUUUGGUAAAGAUUGUUUCCCCCUGUAACGGUUAUGCAGGCUCUACAAAAAACUGGAAAGGAUAUGCAGGCUCAACUAUGACCAGAUGACCAAAUCUUUCUCUUUUGUUUCUGUAUUCUAACUUAAAAAAGAAAAUCAAAAAUAUACUAUGGGAAACUAAUGUGUUUGCAACAUUGAUCUAUUCGUUCCUCUGCUGAUCUAAUCUGCAAGUGCAUGGCAAUCACUGCAACUGAAAUUUAUAGAAAUCAUCAGACUUGAUCAGAUGUUUGUUUUUUCCACAUCUGCUCAAGGAACCGAAGAAAUGACUUUCUGCAGCCAAUGUCUGUCUCUUUCUCAUGACUAUCAGUUCUCUUUACGUAUUUAUUUUGAACAGGUAAAUAUAGAACUUUUAUCAUUCAAAUGGAUGAUUAUACAUGUCACAACUACCUGUUUUAGUACAGUAUGAAGGUGCACCCACAGAAUUACAGACAAUUUACAUGUAUGCAAAAUGUAAUUCAAGCAAUGGUGCUUGGAGUACAGCCUUAACAGAUAAACCAUACAUGAUACAGUAUUCCAUAAACUGACUUCCAGAAAGAUGUGAAGCUUAUCAUAGUAUAUCUAUUACCUCAUAGAAUGAUGCACUAUAAGUCCAAACAUUUGUAGACACCUGCUCAUCCUAUGUUUCUACCAAAAUUUAAGGUAUUAACAGGGAGUAUUCCCUAUUCCUUGGCUGCAGAAACUGCCUUUACUCUUCUAGGAAGGAUCUAAACUGGAUGUUGGGACAUUGCUGUGAGAAUUUGAACACAUUCAGCCUCAAGAGCAUUAUUUAGGUCAGGUACUUAUUUUCAGUAAUAAGAAGUGGACCCCAGAAUGCGCUGUUGGCACCGCUUCACAGCCCAAUGUGGGGCAUCCUGGACAUGGGGCAUGUUGAUAGUAGACUUGUGGCAUGCAGUCUUAUCUGCCAAUAGCCGGUGUGGCUCAGGUUUUCAGUCCAAACAAGCAGAGAAUUGCCUGAUUUCACUUGUUUAAUCAAUUGCUCAGUCUUCAAAUAACUGAUCAGCUGUACUCCUGCUUUGUUGGAAAAAAAAACUGCAACCACACAAGCUCUUUGCAGAUAAGAUUAGACACCCCUUCAAUAGACUGUACAAGACUAUACAAGCUGUGUGCGCACAAUUCAAUGCCUGUGUCAGCAGUGGGUACAUCUUAAAGCAUUAACCAAUUAGGAAGGAUGUCUGCAAAAUUUUGGACAUAUAGUCUGUAAUGUCAUGGUACAUUGCAUUCCUAUAAAUACUUUUUCCUAAGACUUGGAGAGAUGACAGGAAAAAAAACAACAGUUGGUGCAUAAAGAUGUUUUCAAAUGAGAAAAUGCACUUUGUUUUAUAGAUUAAAUGAAGUAUAUAGCCUUUUGUUGGUGAUUUGUAUUUUAAGAAUGGAUAAUGAGCAGAGAUAACAAAGGUAAUCUAGAAGGAUUAAGGAACAAUUCUGCCUUGAAUGGUAAAUGAUUGCACCUUAUUUGUUCCACAAUCUAGGGUGCUUUAUGUAUAUCAAAAAUAGCAAAAAUGGAAAGCCAAGCCUUACAUGUGAUAUUCCAUUUUGAGUAUCCAAUGUAUGGUGAAUACCAAUAUAUGGUAACACAUCAGUUUACGGUGCAUAAGGACUGCCUAAGGACUUUAUAAAAUGUUUACACUAUAUGCUUCCACAGACACAUUUGAACUUCUGUUCAAAAGUUUGGAAUCACUAUUUUCAAUAAUAAAUCUAGAAAAAUGUAUGAAAUUGUUAUAUCCUAUUCUGUGAAUUUUUACAGCUUUCAAAAUAAAAAAAAAACCUACAAGCAAAAUGUGAAAUAUUAAAAUGUUGCAAAUAUAAAUAAUUAAAGUAAAAUCAAACUUUUUUCACUCAUUCUGAUAUAAAUUUUAGUUUUUGCUUUAAUGUUUUCUAUUUGCUGAAUUUGCCAAUAUCUUUUUUGCUUCUGGAAUCUCUCUUUUGCUGCUGAAAUCUUUCUUUUGCUUCUAACUUCUUACAAGUUUUUAGCAGGGGCAGGUCAUAGAAGAGGUUGUUCAACUGCACUCUCUAUUGGUCAGCUGAUUUGAAGUGACAGGUCUUCUGAACAUGAACCGCCCCUAGCAUGGCAGAAGAGGCAGUAAUGAGUGCUGCUAUGAACGUACCAUUAUACAAGUUUAUGGGUCCUGUGUAAAAUUAUAUAACUCACCAUGGACGUUGAAGAACAAGCUAUACGUUAGUUGAUUAUGAAUGAAUGAAACUGCACAACCUAUCAAGUUCACAGCCGCUAGCGCAAACCAGCCUAGCAGUGUCUGCUAGGGCUAAAUAGGCUAGUCAAGGUGAUAAGGAGGACUCAUUUGCUAAAAUAUCUUAAGUUAGUUCACAGAAUUAAUGUGAAUUAUUAAUGUGAACGUGAAGGUUGUUUGAUUUAACUUGCAUUAUUUGUAUUUAAAACACAUUUUGGACAUUUUGAGACUUAAUAUUUUGCUUGUGAAUUAUUAUUUUUUAAUUUUUUUUUACUUUUGGCACAAAUGAACUUCAUAUGUCUAGAACUGUAGUUGAUUCUAAAAUAACCGAAAAUCUGUGUAUAGUAUCAAGAAUAAACUAAUUACAUUAAUAAUAUUCACCAUAUUUCAAAAGUGGAGAUGGAAAUAUUAUUGUAAAUAGUCUGUACAAGAACUGUAUCCUCAUUGUAUAUUAUAUAUAAAAUAACACAUUGUUAAUAUCACAAGUGAUUUUUCAAAAUUUUGAACAGUAGUUAUAGGUGUGGGUGUUGUAAAUGAGAGAGAUUUAUGAAUACUUAUGUUGACCACUAGUGUUAUGUCUGCAGCAUUUAUUAAUGGGCAUUUAAACAUGUAUGGAUAACAUGUUAUUCUCAUAUGUGCUGUGAAUAUUUCAUAAAGUCCAUAGAUUGUGGACCUUUAAAUAAUUUUUUGUAUGAGUGUUGUAUGAGUUCAUGUUUUAGGAGUGUUCUCCUUAUUUGAGUUGGCUUUACUUUCACUGUCAUUGUGAGUGUCCAGCAGUGCUUUGGUUUUUAUUUUGUAAUUCCAUCUGAUCAUCUGAGUAAGAGUAACCCAGACUGUCAUAGUGUUAUAUGCAUUAUGCAUGUUAUAUGCAUAAGGUAAAGACUGCAGUCGUAGGACAGUAAACUGAUGCUUUGCUCUUUGGAUUUUAAGUGCCCAAGAACUGCUCUGUGAACAAGAUUCUAGAAUUUUACCAUAAAAUGCCAAAGGGUGUUUUGACAACAAAUGCAGAAAGCAGUCAAAGCAAAGUUAUCUUUAUUCAGACUGUGGUGGUCUGUGGAAUAAUGUCAAAACCUUAUGACCCAGAUGGGUGCUUGGCUAAUAACAACAUUAGGAGAAAUACCAUUUCUCACUAAGGCACUGAGCAGCAAGUGUACUGAUUAAAAAAAGAGACCAAAAAAUUUUGCAAAUGUAAUAAACGCAGGAAAAAGCAAAAAGCGACUGUUUUAGUUUGCUGACACACCCAUGCAUGCUUAGAUGUUGCUCAUGUACUAUAUUAAAGUCUUGUUAUCCUGACUUGUAGCCCUCUAACAGUAAACAUGAAAGUCAAUUUUUUAAAGGUAAUUUUCUAAAGUGUUUUUUACUAAAGAAACUUAGAUGGCCAUUUGUAAAUAGAAUUUUCACAAAAAAAGAGAAAAAAGAUGCAUCCAUAAAUUCUCAAACUAACAUCAAGUAUAUGUGUACUGUUAGCACACAUUGUAGUAAUGUACUCCAGUAGCCAUGGUACUGAGAUCUCUCUCUUCAUUGCCUGAGACACAUGAGAUCCAGUAAACUGCCAUGAACUGAUUUGAAACUUCCUUAAAAAGUGUGCUAUGUUUUGUGCUUCUUGUAUGUAUUUGACUGCGCAUAAAAUUAUCUUUUGUCUUUCAGAAAGCAGUCACAACAGUGUUUGGUAGCAGUGCCUCACUUCACACAAAUACCUCAAAUUUCUCAAAAUACUUGCUGAUAGCUUCAGAAAUGCAUGUGUGGACUAAAUAGGAACUAAAUAGCAACACUCACAAUGACCUGUGCCUAAAUAUAAAGGAUCCUGUUAGAUAUGGCCACGUUACAAGUUGUGAGAGGAACGCAAAUGAUAGUUAGCAUUUAAUACUUUUUUUCAUUCUUUUAUUGAAAAAAAUGUUGGCUAACACAAAACUUAAGCAGUCUUCCCCUUUCCAAGUUGUUCAUAUUUAUAUGAAAAAAUAUGCUGUUUCCAUGUUCUUUAGUCUGAUAAAUUUGUGUAUGCAAAGUGUCCUUUUGUUUAAAUAAGACUAUUUAGCAACCUGAUUUGGCAUUAAUAAAGUCUAGCCCGGUAAGCCAUCCUGAAUCCCGCAAGCUUUGGAGACAUUUUUAAUAACACAAAUUAUCUUGUUUGUCCAGCUAUGGGGACGUUACAGUGUAAAUUUGAAGCCAAAUACUGAAGCUCAUAAGAUGUUGAUGCUGAGGCCAACCUGUUACAGAGGAAGAUCCAGGAUGGUUUGUACCAAGGUAGUCAAAUAUAAAGUGUAUCUAAAAGAACAGGGAGGGCGCAAAUGCUUUCCCUUGUUACAGUGUUAAUUUGAAAUAUAAGCACAAUUGCAUUUUAAGAAACUAUUUAAAACCUCAAAGUUCUAAUAUAUUCUUGGAUAUGAAGCCAAAACAGGUUGCUUGGUUGUCACUCUAAACAAGAGUUAUGAAUACAGUUUUUUUUUUUUUUUUUAAUUUCUUUAUUUACAAAUAUUUAAUACCAGUAAUAGAUAACAUGGCUAGGUGAAAUGUUGUAGCUAACAUGCAGAUUUGAUGGUGUUUAAUUGUUGUUGAUGUAUGCUACGUUUGUAUGUUUGCGAAAAAUUAUAAGUAUCCCAUUGGGAUCUCAAAACAUUUUUGUUAUUUAUAGAUCUUUUUUUCUUCAUAAAGCUCAUUAUAAAGCUUUAUAUUUUGUACAGAACAUGGCAAUUGUAAACAGUGUAUAUAAAUACUAGUAAGCGCAUCUGCGACAACAAUCAUGGUAUGUAUGUAUUAAUUAAGUAGGCUUAGGUUUAGAUUUUUCUUUCAGGUUUACAAAGCGUAAAGCUUGAGAAGUGUAUAAGAAGGCACAUCUGAUCUGACUGAAUUUCAUCACCUAAUAUUUCUACAAAAUCUUCAAUAAACUCAUGCCAUUUGUUUACUGAAA